UUGGAACGCUGCCAUGGAUCUUUGGUGAUGUUUCAAUUUGCCAUAGCAACCUUUGCUGGUGUUGCGUUCAGCCGACUGCCAGUGCCGGCAACUUUGACAAGUAAGGCAGUUUCCAACGAUGCAAUCAUUGUCGGCACGCCUCUGUUUAGGUUUACAAAUGAUCCAGAGGCUAUUGAGUCGCAGUUUGAGCGAAUCGAUGAUGUGAUCAUGGGAGGUUUGAGUCGUUCUUCCUUGAGUCCUUGCAACCUGGGAGCCAGUUGGCGUGGCGUGUUGCGCAGCGAGGGUGGCGGAUUCUGUGGGCAACGCACGCGGCCGUUCUCGAAGCCGUUGAAUUUGUCAGGAGCGGAUGGCCUUUACUUGGAUUGUGCGCUGUUGUCAGAUGAGGAUGUCCAAAGAAGAUCUUGGAAGAUGAGUUUACGAACCGAUGAAGGGCGCGGAGAAGUUGUCUACCAGGCUCCUUUCCAGCCUGCAGUGGGAGCUGUGACGAGGGUCAAGGUGCCCUUUGCUGACUUUCGCUUAGUUCGCGGCCCUGUGGCUUUAGCAGAGGCCCCAGCUUUGUCCAACCUCAGUGCUGUCUACCAGAUUGGCUUCACAGUUUCGAAGUUUGUGAUCAGCGAGCAAGUUAAGAUGCUAGAGAACUUCCGCAACGGUAGCUUUCACCUUGGCCUUGCUGAGAUUGGAAGCUACUCAGACGAUGCUGCAGCUGUUCCUGCUGCCGUGCCAAAGGCCAUGGAUAAGGAUGAGGUUGAGAGGCGGCGGAGCUGGGUGCAGAAAUUCAUCUUCCCAGUGCUGGGUAUCUUCUUUAAUGAAACUUGA